AUGUAUAUCCCACGAUCGUUCAUCGUCGCGCUCGCCAGCGCGCCCUUCCUGGCCUAUGCGCAGAGCAGCAACCCCAACCCAUUCAACAACCCAUCGGGUGGAUACCAGGUCACCGCUGGUCAGCCGUUGACCUUGUCAUGGGAUCCUACCACCGAGGGCACCGUCUCCCUGUCUCUUCGCAUGGGUAACUCUGGCAACUUGGACGAUGGAACCACCUUCGCCGAGAACAUCCCCAACUCCGGCUCGUACACAUGGCAAGUGCCAGCCGACACCCCACGGGGUUCGUCCUACACCAUCGAGAUCUCCUCCGACUCCAACGACAAUGAGAACAACUAUACUCCACCCUUCAUCCUCGAAUCCACCAACAACGCCGCUCCUUCGUCCAGCGGCAGCAGCGCCUCUACCGCUGCGUCCACUGUAACUCCUAGUGCGUUCCCUCUUCCUUCUGGUGUCACCAUCGACACAUCCUACCACCCAUCCUCGGGCUCCACCUCCACUGGCAGCAGCUCGGCUUCCGCGACCUCCUCUUCAGCGGCUUCCACCACCGCUUCGUCGUCCGCCUCUGACAGCGCUUCUUCCUCCACCGCCUCUGCCACCGACUCCUCCUCGUCCUCCGACUCCGCCUCCACGACCGCGACCUCCAGCGGCUCGUCCUCCUCCGCCUCUUCGUCCAGCGCCGCCUCUACCUCCAGCGCCGCCUCUACCAGCGACAGCGACCUCGUCGCCAGCCAGACCACCUCCAGCACCCAGUCCUCCAACGGCGGUGCUGCCCGCGCGACCGCCAUGGCCGGCAUGCUCGGAGUCGUCGCUCUCGGCGCGCUCGCCCUCUAA